CAUGGGGAGACAUGUUCCCGUCUUGUCACCCUUUACUUGAAGAGCAUCACUCUCCCAUCAAUCUGGACCACCAGAUGACCAGGAACGAGUCUCUGGGAUCUUUACAUCUGGAGGGCUUCGAUGUGAUCCAGACGGGUCUCUGGACCGUUAAAAACGACGGGCACUCUGUCGUGCUGCAGGUCGGCAACGGCAUGUCGGUGAGCGGUGGAGGUCUUCCAGAUGUGUACCACACCAUCCAGCUGCACUUCCACUGGGGAGGCCCGGCCACUAACGGUUCAGAGCACACGGUGGACAGACGCAGAUACCCGAUGGAGAUGCACGUCGUCAACAUGAAGUCCAUCCAUCCCAACAUGACGGCGGCCUUGGACGACCCAACAGGACUUGCUGUUCUUGGAUUCUUUCUUGACGUUGUUUACGCAGACAAUGUGCACUUUGGACUCAUCUCACAAAAGCUGUCCUCUGUUGCUUACAAAGGUGAGAGAACACGAGUAGAAAGGUCCCUCCUGCCAGAUGUCUCUAGUGUUUGUAACUCUGUUCUCCUGUGCGUCCUCCUUCAAGGCCAAACUUCUCAAAUCAAGCCAUUUCCACUGAUGAACCUUCUGCCGAAGCACAACAUGAGUCAGUAUUACCGUUAUUACGGCGGUCUCACCACUCCUCCAUGUUCUCAAGUGGUUGUGUGGACUCUGUACGAAGUUCCCAUCUACAUCUCAUGGUCCCAACUGGCGCAGUUUACCUCACAGAUCUUCUCCACAGAGGAGGAUGCAAAGCAGGUGACGCCUCUGCAGAACAACUUCCGACACAUCCACCCCACCUUCAGUCGCAUCGUCUCCGUGUCCAAAGAGGCCAAACUCCUCACAGGGACGUCCGGUCGGCCCCUCGGCUCAGAUGUGUCACUGCAGCUGCUUCCAAUCCUUUUGCUGGGAAGCCUCAUCUCUGGACUUUAAUGACAUGGCCACACAACGAUGGAUUCAUGUGUUACUCCAAAAGGACAG